AUGGCCCAUGGAGCAACAUCCAAGAGCCAUGGUAAUAUAGAGCCGGGAAAACAAGAGGAAGACUCUGGACUCUGUCAACAUGUUGCCUGUUACACUGUUGUCCGAUGUUACCAGUGGAAUAGCCUUAUUGUUGAUUUCAUUAUACUCGAUCAUGGGAAUAUACAUGGCGAGUCGACGGCUGCAACAGUUAAACUAGCUUGGAAUCGGUCAAGUAAAGAGAUCUUCAACCAAGAUGGAGGAGUUGGGUCUGAUUCUCAACUUGUAUCAGCUGAGCUGACGAUGGAACGAGAGCUUAGCUCUGCUAUGAGACUUAGAGUCGACUCGAUUUGUUUCACCCUAUUCUCCAAAGUGCUUGAUCGCGACUCAAGGGUUGCUACUGGAUUCUGCGCGAUGACGGACUGGAUCGAACAUCUUGGGUCCAAACGCAGGAUAGUGCCUCUACUGCACCUAGAGAUGAUUCAAGGGCAUUUUCGCCAAAUCCAUCAAUAUAGUAUUAGACUAGCCCUUAGGGAUGUACCCUCAUUGAUAGAGUUCUACAUCACGGGAGUGACUAUCCUAAAAGGUAUUCCUACGUGGGAAACUGGUCUCAUCUCGGUUAGUUAG